AUGUCUAUUAUGCGCCAGGGGAAAAUGGAGAGCAUGGAAGGGAUCGCAGGAUGUGAUUGUGCCAUCAAGAUCUUCAAGACCACCCUGAACGAAUUUUCAAAUCGGGCUGCGUACAUUGACGGCGAUCCUCGCUUUGGGAAGUUGCGUUUCAACAAGAAAUCUACCCGGGCCAAGUUCCAACUAUGGGCGGAGAAAGAGGCACGAAACCUGCUUCGGAUGAGGAAAGCAGGGAUUCCGUGCCCGGUCCCGCUCCUCCAAAAGGAGCACGUCUUGGUCAUGUCCUUCUUGGGGGAGGACGGCUGGCCGUCGCCACAGCUCAGGGAGUGGUGGGAGAAAUGUUACCGAAGUGUGCUGAUGCUGGUCCGAGACCUGUACCAGAAAGCGGGCUUGGUGCAUGGCGAUUUGUCCGAGUACAACAUCUUGUGGCAUGCGAAUCAGGUGCACCUGAUUGACGUGGGGCAGGCCGUUCACAAAGGCCAUGCUUGGGCGGAUACGUUGUUGGCGCGGGAUCUGAGACACGUGCAUUCCUUUUUUAAAAGCAAGGGUGUGAAGGUUUUAGAGGAAGAUGGACGAGAGGGGAAGGAGGGAAAUGGCGUCAGGUUCGUGAAGAUGGUGUACGUGGAGCCGGGCGUCAAGCCAAGAAGAAUGGAGGGGAAAAGAGAGUGGAGGGAAGCCGAAGGUGGUUGGGGGAACGUUUCGGAUGAGGAGAUGGACAUCGGAAAGGAAUCGGAGGCCGCCGUAGAGAUUCUCGAGCGACUGAUCGACGGGAGUGAAACUUGGGAAGAGAUUCUGAAGAGCGUGCGUGAGGUUUUCAGCGGUGCGGCGCAGCGGGAGGAAGAAGCAGAGGAAGAUGAGCUUGAGCUUGAUAUCAAUGAGGAGGAAGAAGGAGAAUUAAAUGGAAGAGAAGAGGGCGAUGUGGAAGAAGAGGAGUGA